AUGGGCUCUCUGUCGGACUCGCAGUCGAAUGGCGACCUUCCGCCGCCGCCGUCAGAGGCGGAGCCGGAGCCGGAGGACCCUGGGGCCCAGGCCGAUGAGGGAGAUGCCGGAGAGAAGAUGGAGGGCGUCGCGUCCAUCGCGCUGCUGCCCUCUGGCGCCAUCUCCGGGCACUUCAUCCGCCUCCCGGACUCCGUCUGCUACGGCCUCCAGGGCACCCCAAUACCAUGCGAGAGGGAGUGUAGCCGAGGAGAUGACUACCGCCUUAUAAAGCUCUCCAUCAUUAAUUUUAAGAGGAAGACAGAGAAGGUGGUUGUGGUGGAAUGCAGGGGACAUGAUGCUGCUCGAUUACAACAUAUUGACCAUUUGCACGGAUGGGAAGAUGACAUUGUUGGGUUGGUUCAGAAGAAACAUGGCAACAAAAAGGUGUUGGUCUCCUUCGAAUGCGAGACGCUAAAGGCCGAUAAAGCCGCCGAAGAACAUAUCAGCAGAUACAUGCCGAAUCUCUGUGGACUGGAUGCAGUUGUAAAUACAGGAAAGAUGAGUAUCUCCGGCAUCAACCUUGAUGAGGACGACCAACCAAGCGGCGACGACUGAGAGCAG